AUGUCCUCCAAGGUGGCCGUUACCUCGAAUCCGUACGAUGAGAUCAAACAAUCUCUAGGUGUCGAAUCAUGUCCGGCCUCAACUGUUAGGUUACUGAGCGAGGCUCUGUUCGCUCCCGUGUCGUCUAUGCUUGCCGCAACCGUAAAAGUGUCUACGAAAGCUAAACACUCACGGACGAACUCAAGACCUCAAAAGAUGGCGGCGGCAGCAGGGAGUGCUUCAGCUGCGGUAAUGUUGGUAACUAAGACUGCAGAUCGAUACAAAUUGGCUAUUGAAGUUAUCAAUACGAGUCUACGGAACCUUGGUGAAGCUGUGAGGAAGGCCCCCAAACCUGCGGUAGUGGAAGUCCACGAGGGGAAUCAGCCGGUUCAAAAACCAGAGAAACAGCAACAGACUUCGACUGCUGGAACUUUGCAUUCUCGUUCGUCAAAUCGGAAUGGUUCGCCUACGUCUCUUAAACCCGACACAACUGAGAACCUCGCAGCGUGUUGUUCGCUGGCCAUUUCGUACCUGAAUUCAAUAUCUGGGUCUUCGAAUGCACCGGGCAUUGCGCCACUGCAGAUCGAGAAUGCCCAGAGUAGCCUUAUUCUUAAGCUAAUACAGUUGGGUAUGUUCGAAUUGGGAUUGAAAGAGUCACGAAGUUUAAAGCGGACAUUGGCGGAGGCAAUGGGGAGUGGAAGACAGGACAAGUCGGCACCGGCGCUGGUACUGGCUGGAAAGGGAAAUUUGCGCGGGAAUAUCCCGAAGAUUGAGAAGGAACCUGUCGAUAAACUAUUGGAUUUCAACAAUGUGGUCACUACGAAUCCUGCAUUCCCCUUGGUUAUAUCUUGUCAGUUGGGAAUAUUACGAUGUAUCGCUGGAUUAAAAAGGCCAGAGCUGAUAGAGGUUAGUUGUGAGCUUCGUUUUACAUCGUCCAUUUUUUCACUAACUGAAAAUUGAUAUACCAGGCUAUUUUGCCAACACUCUCUUCUUCUACAGCGCAUAAUCCGCUCAACGUUAUCCGUGCUUUGUCCAAAAUCUCUCCUCAGAAAGCUCUCGCGCAUUUGAGUGUUCUUCAUUAUACACUGGUUUCCAUGGCACCAUCUAUAUCCACCUCUACCGAUGCCGUAGCGACUAAUGCUAAGCUCUCCUGCUCCCCCAGAACCGCCUUAGCUCUACAGACUAAAGCCUUACAAUGUAGUGUCGUGAAGGUGACUUUUCAGCUCAAAUUCACGGAAAUAACAGAUAAGGAGAGAGAGGAGCAUUGGGAGUCUUGGCGGAGAUACGUUUCGGCCUUUGUUAGACGCACACAGGACUGUAGCAAUAAGCGAGAAAGAUACGGCAUCGUUCAGGAUUUGGCGGAUGCCGUGAAGAGGUUCCUGAGGGUCGAGAGCGCAUCAUACUCCUACCCUCUCGAGAUUACGAGGAUCCUUUCUGGCUUAUCGUUCGACGCAGGACUGAUGGCUCAAUCAAUCGAGUUGACAAGGGCCUGGGUUCAGGAACUGGAAAAGUCGGAUGCCCAGAGCGAUGCUGCAUUGGGGCUAGUGGGCAGGGUCAGGAUGGCAACUGCUGAGCUAAAGAUUUCCACAGUUAUAGAGGAUGGGGAGCUGCUAAUAGAAGGCUCGGGGGUUCAGCGGAUAAAGGACCGGGUGAACACUGCUGUCGAAGGGCUCGAGAAGAUUUCAAAAGGCAGAAGAUCAGAUCUCGACCAAUUGCUCGUUGAGGCCGGGUCUUUGAGGAAGAGCGGCGUUAGCUUGCUUGCCGCUCUUCUCAAAGAUGAAAGCCAAGGAUUUGCGGAGCUCAAGAGGAGUGAAACAAGAACUAUGAGGCUGGAGCUUCGGGCUGUUUGUAGUAUGAUUACUCGAGGUGUUGUCGGAUUCUGUCGAAAGUAUCUGGCUAUGGGAAGCCAGGGCGAGGAACGAACAAGAGCUAUAAAACUUGCCAUCUCUGCUAUCGAUACGUCCGUAUCGACUGCUUGGAGAGGAUUCGAUGUUGAAUCUUGUACCCACUGGGAAGGAUUAGAAGAGCUGAUGAGGGAUUCAUUGGCUCUUAUUCGAUCGUUGACGGAAUCUGAUCUGGAGGCCCUCGGUGAUGCUAUACUUUACGAGAAAUUUUCAAGUACUUAUUGGCAGAUUCAUUUACUCUAUCGGAAGGCUGGUAUGGAUAAGGAGGGCAUUCGAGCUUUGAGGCGUAGCAUUUCAGUUUUGGAUGGAAGGCCGCCUGCCCAACUCGCCAAAGCCAAUAUUGCCUUAAAAUGGGAACGCUUAGGAAGCUCGUUUAUGUCAAUGGGGGAUUGGAGAAAGGCUGAGGAGGCUUUUUUGAAGGCCGUGGGAGUUUUCGUUGAUACUGGCAUAAUUAAGGAGCUAGGUAUUUGUGCCUCACGGGGCGGUCGUGUUGGUCGCGAAUUUGAGGCGCAUACCCAGGAGGCUAUGGUUGGACGGGUUUUGGCGAGUCUUAUCAAAUGUGCAUCACAAAGGAAGAGCGCUGAAGUGGCUGCGCUCCGGUUUGACGACGAGAAAAUUACAACAGUUGCGCGAGGGAUGCUUCUUGAAUGGUCGCUGAAGUUGGCCGUUGGUGUGAUGGCUAAUGAUGGGGUUGUCGUGCGCGUGCUCGCAGAGAGAUUACUUGAGGUAUACCCCCUGGAAACAAUGCCACUACGGAGGGCUCGGGUGGUAUCGAGAAUUUUGGGCCUAGCUAUGGACCAUCCGGAGAUUUUCAACAUUGGAGAAGUCAAGGCUAUUGGCGGUGAAGUUACUGCCUGGUCUACAGAAACGCCAGAACCAUCCUUGGGAGAAGACGAAGGCUUGGUGAGAUACAAAGAAGACAUAAUCACAGGCUGUCUGGUUAGUUUGGCAUUUUUGAAAUGGAUUAAUGGGGAAGCUGAGGUGGAGUCGGUCAAGAAGGCUGUUGGGGCUUGGGGUGCGCUUGUGAAGGGAUGUUCGACAUGGGAUAUGCUUCUUGAAAAGGUGGAGGACGUUGGCGUUAUUAUGAAGACGCUUGAUAUGCUUGCUGAGUUUUCCGAGAUGAGGGGCGAAGCGGACCUAAAAAUGUGUGUUUUGAAGGUCUUGGUCUUGUUGCGGGAGAUCGAGAAACAGGCGGAUUAUGAUGCGCUUGUUCGUCUCGAAACCAUGAUGGGGCUGCAAUAUCUUCGACUUGGAUAUUCCGGCAGAUCCGGGAUGACCAUGGCUAAGGCCCAGGCACUAAUGAAGAAGGAUCGGGCUAAUGUAUCGACGGUUACAAUACUUCAAUGGCACAUAGCGUACACCGAAUACCUCGUUAAUAUAGGGAACCUCGAAAGAGCGGAAGAGUGCCUUGAGGCUGCUAGCAACAUUCUUGAAGAGGACCAAGACCUCACCAAUGCUAGGAUGUCGGGCGCCCGUAUUGCAAAGCGAGUGAAGAUAAAUCGUAUCAUCGCAGAUGCCGCCUAUGCGAUGAGCUUGCUUACUUUCGAGAAGGCAGGUGCUAUUCUAUGGGUAUUAUUUGAGUACCUUAUUAACUGGUGUGAUUGUUUAGGGGAACCCCAGUGAUGCACUGGCACAUGCCAGACGAUGUGUACGGCUUAACCAGCGUGCGUGGGCUGGGCUUGAGAGUUUAAGCAGAGAUAAUCUCGUCGACAGCAUGGCAAAACUAAACACCUCCGACCACCCGCAACCAAAGGUACAAUCAACAACAUUCGAGGCUCUCAAUGUCCCUCUGCUAUGGCCUCUGGUUUCCUCGCUGUAUGCUGGAUUAUUACAAACAUCUAAUAUUUAUCGACAUCAAGGCAUGGUACGGGAGGCGGAGUUCUACCUCGAGCAAGCACUUAAGACAGUUGAAGCUGUUAACGCGCCCUCGAGAAUUAAUUUAGCGAUGACAAUGUACGGGGAUUUACGUAUAAGAUCUGGCUAUGUAGAUGAGGGCGAGGAGAUGCUACAGAGGGCCGGUAAGUCGAUAGGCGGGGGCAGGGAGGCCUUGGAAUUUGAAGUAGCAAGUGGGAACUUGGAUCGGCUUCGAGGGGAUUUCGCGGGGGAGGGAAGGGCUUAUGAGCGGGCAGAGAAACAGCUCGAAAACCUUAUGUCGGUUAAAUAUAUCGAAAAGCUCGGUGCGUUCACGGGUGGCAGUGAUGACUUAGCAGAGAAGGUCGCCAUUUUGGAACUGCGGGAAGAACCUCAAUCAAAACCUGAACCAAAGCGUCGAGGGAGGCCGCCGACAGCAAAACUUAAAACGGCAAAAGCAUUGAAAGUCACCAAAGCCCCCGAAGCUGUCCCUGUCCCUGUGGUUGCCAGUGAGGUUGCAGCGGAAUGCUCUGUAUUGCUUAAACAGAAGGGGAAUAUACUCCGUCUUAAGGCACAUAAUCUCACGAUGCAGAGGCAGUGCGAACAGGCCGAGUUUUUACUUCGGGAGGCAUCCAAGCUGCCCGUCGGGCACCAGGAAAUGGUGAUACAUGGGUUAACUGAAGCCAAGCAUCUGCUUCAAGAGGCGCUCUCACUUGUGGGUUCUGAUCCCGUGUUUAGCGUCCUACACGAGUCCACAAUCUCUCUCCCUAGUGUUGCUCCUAGAGCGGGGGAGUCAAGUCCCGUUAAAAAAUCUACUAGGAAAGGCGCGGCGGCCGCAGCGAAACAAACGAAAAAGUUUGUUGAAAUCCUGACUAGAGCGAGAGAUGCUGUCGCCAAUGUUCACACUCGAGCUGUUAAAAUGGGGUCCUCAACGAUAACUCAUAGUGUAGCCUCGUCGCUCAGUCAAAUUAUCGUCCUACUAUCCGCGGUAACUAAUUCUAAAGGCAAAGGGCCCGAGCAUCCAUUGUUUGCGAGCUAUUCUCUUGGUAAGAUUCUUCCUUGUGCACUAGCCAUUGGCGGCUGCUAAUAGCUUGUUAGAACUUCACAAGGGAAUUUCGUUGCAGAGAGAGAAAGCUGCGAUCGAGACGGAGAAGGCAGUCAGUCGUAUCUCGGAGGACUUGAGCUGGCCAAGAGUAGGAUCUGUUUCUGAUGCCUCGAAAUCACUGCUGGCAGACUCGACGCCUUUCGAGUUUUCCAAUUUUCAGAGUGACUACGUCGACAUCAUACCUAAAAAAUGGGCAGCCGUAUCCGUUUCGCUCAGCGAGAGCCGCGAAGAGCUUUAUCUCUCGCGGUUCCAGGCCGGCCAGAGCCAGCUUAUGGUUCGCCUUCCGCUUACACGGCAUAAUUCCCGUGACGACUAUGAGGACCGAUGGGAAUACGAAUCAAUGCUUCAGGAGCUCAAUGAGAUCGUCACUGGUGCCAACGUUAGCGCUCAUAACGCGAAAGAUAUGACUAGCAAAGGCGCAAGGGGUGAAUGGUGGAGCCAGCGAGAAUCACUCGACACCCAACUCAAAGAUCUUCUGAGCGUGAUUGAGUAUCACUGGCUGGGUGGCUUCAAGGGUAUAUUUUGCCAGUACGCUCUGCACAAGGAAUACAUGGCGAAGUUCAAAUCUGCUUUUGACAAAAUCCUUGCGAAACACCUACCUUCCCGACAGAACAAGAGGGCAAAGAGGGUCAAUAUCGAUUAUCGGAUAUUAGAACUCUUCAUCGGCCUCGGGCGACCGGACGAGCAGGACUUGGAUGAAGCUCUUGUCGACUUGAUCUAUUUUGUGGUUGAUAUUCUACAGUUUCACGGAGAGGGCAAUGCCUACGAUGAAGUGGAUUUCGAUGUUAUGGUUUUGGAGUUCACGGAGGCCUUGGCGGCAUAUCACAAAGGGGUGUCGUUUCACCCGGGUGAGGUAGCGAGCGACGUCGACCACACGAUUCUUAUUCUUGAUAAAUCGGUCCACAUGUUCCCGUGGGAAUCUCUCCCCUGUCUUCGGGGCCACUCGGUAUCCAGGCUUCCAUCAUUGGCCUCCCUCCGGGACAGAAUCCUCAUGAUGCAGGAGAAGAGUCCGGCUCAACAGGCACAGCCCGGAUUCUACGCUGAUAAGACCCGUGGAGCUUAUAUCCUUAACCCAAGUUCCGAUUUGGUCAACACCCAAAAAGCCUUUGAAGAGGAUCUCAGAACUCUGAAAACCUGGGAAGGAAUUAUCAACAGACCUCCUUCUGAAGAGGAGUUUCGGCGCAACCUGGAGGAGCGUGAGAUAUUGCUAUACUUUGGUCACGGAAGCGGUGCCCAUUUCAUCCGCGCUCGUACGCUCAAAAAGUUGGACAAGUGCGGUAUCGCCUUACUCCUCGGCUGUAGCAGUGGAGCAUUGAAAGACACAGGCGAGUUCGAACCAUACGGAAUGCCGGUCAAUUACUUGCUCGGAGGCUGCCCAUCCAUGGUGGCUACCCUCUGGGACGUCACAGAUAAGGACAUCGAUAGGUUCUCUAAGGACGUCUUCAGUAGGUGGGGGCUAUUUAGUGGGCGGGGCAAAUCUAAGCAAGGGAGAGAGUUUGAGGCACCAAAUGCAUCGUUGGUCGAGGCGGUAGCGAAAGGAAGGGAAUCAUGCGUGUUGAAGUAUCUAAAUGGGGCAGCGCCGGUUGUGUAUGGUAUUCCGGCGUACUUGACGUAAAGUGUAUAGGGGUAAUGAUACCACGGCGUUUUUGGGGGCGCUUGUUUUCUACUUUUUCUUCCUUUUUUUUUUGUUGGAAGUCCCGCUGAUAGGGUGGGUCUAUUGUGUUGUGUCGAAUUGUAACUGUAUUGAUAGGUUGACAUGGUAUGCUGCUUAUGGGGGUGUAUGGGUUUGACCGUUUUUUACUUCGUUUUACCACUUACGGUGAUUAUGGUUGACCGGUCGCCCACAGCGUUUUUAUUUGUUCCGGUAUACGUUUUAAUAGAAUCGUGGAUCACUCC